AUGGACGCAGAUCACAGCCAUAUAGUGUACUACGACACCGGCUCAGCUACUUGCUAUUAUAUCCCACAGCUCUUCAAGUGGUGUCCUCUUCUUCUUAGAACUACAAACGCUGAACCGCUCCGCUUGCUUCUCAAUGAGCUUGUGGAUCUGUGGGGCAGGUCCCUGAACGUAUGUAAGAAUUGGUACGCUGGUGUGGUAGAUUAUCAACUGUUCUGUGGGAACAACCCAUUAGGGAAAGUCGUCGUCUCUGGGUUGAUCACAUCGGUGAGAACCACGGGGAAUAUGUCUGGUCAGUACGGUGCUCACAUAUGGAGGAUCGAUGACUUUUCAGUGGAAUUCUCUAAACAACCGUUGCCCUUCAGUUUUGUGUGUGAUAACAGGAUUAUACGAAGUAGGGUCCUCAGGGGGGUCCCCUUACGUAAUGUAGAGGUUGUCGUCAAUAGAGUCGAUUUUGACAGGAUGGAAUUGUACGUGACAGAUAUACUCCAUUAUAACUACACACUAGUAGAACAGAUACAAUUGUGGGAGGGCGCAGUUCGUGAUUUUAACAGUAAUAAAGAUACUAAAUGGGUGUACGAACCAGGGGGCUCACAACAGACAACAACUACAACGUCGGUACACCCGUUCAAUUUCAUAGAGGCACUACAAGAUAACGCGGAGAGGAAUAACCUGGAGAUCAUAAGUCCGUACCUCGAUCCACAAGUGGAGAGCUCCUCGUCCGAUAUCGAGGACUUCUCUCUAGAACAGGAAGAAAUUGCAAGGGUGCCCGUCCCCGUUAUAUCCAAGAGGAAACUGCGAGCGUUCUUCGUACAUACUUUGGCACAAACAUCCACUACAAACAUCCCCACAGUCGGGUUGUUCGAAAUGGAAUCCCUUAGAAGAACACUUAUGUUUUACAGCAACAACAAAUUGCAAAACCAGACACUGAAAAGGUGCAAACUGGAGUACUACUCCCAGGACCAACUAAUCUCAAUGAUCUUCAUCAACGAACUAAACCACUUGCAAGCAUUGCAUCUAAUCCGCAUCGAGGACCACAACAACCAGAUCAUGGCAAAACCACUACAGAACCUGUACCACUACGCUCGGGGGAAGAUUCGUCUCUGGAUCAAGCUGCGAACGGGCGUAGGGAUCGUCAACAACGUCCAGAUCAUCGAUAGGCUGACCUUGGACCGCGAGAUAUCGAGCAAUGUGAUAGCACUCGUUUUCAAGCUCGUCAUGGACGACACGGUGUCUACCUUGUCGCAAAACUUUAUCAGAUCCUGGUUCAUAGAGACUAAAAACGAUAACACGUCGUGGGUUCACAUCAGUUACACUUGA